AUGACAAAGUCACACGCCCCUCGUCAGUCUUACUCGAGUCGAGAAACUGUUAUCGUUGUUGGUGGAUCAAUUGCGGGUUUGACAUUGGCCCACUGUUUAGACCGAGCAGGAAUCGAUCAUAUCGUUCUCGAGAAAGCGAAAGACAUAGCGCCGCAGCUUGGUACCUCCAUUGGCAUCUCGCCAAACGGGGCGCGGAUUCUUGACCAGCUUGGAGUCUACGAGGAAAUCGAAAAGUGUAUUGAACCACUAAACGUUGCAACGGUGAGCUAUCCAGAUGGCUUCCAUUUCAGCAGCCGCUAUCCCGAAAUCAUCGGCCAGAGGUUCGGCUUUCCGAUAGCUUUCCUGGAUCGACAGAAAUUGCUCCAAAUUCUCUACAACAGAUACCCAAAGAAGCACAAUAUCUGUCUCAACAAAAAGGUGGUCAGCAUCCAAACGUUAGGAGACGAUCUGGGCGUGACUACCGAAGAUGGAAGCAUUUAUACAGGGCAGCUGGUCGUCGGUGCAGAUGGUGUUCAUAGUCGAGUGCGGUCAGAGAUGUGGAAAGCAGGAGAGAAACAGAGUACUGGUCUGGUCAGCGAGCGCGAACGAACAGGUAUGACUGUUGAAUACAGCUGCAUCUUCGGCAUUUCUUCACCUAUCAAAGGACUAGAGAUGGGAGAUCAAGUCAACGCAUUCUUUGAUCGCCUCACCAUUAUCACCAUCCAUGGAAAAGACAGUCGUAUUUUCUGGUUUGUGAUCCAGAAGCUUGAUGAGAAAUACACCUACCCUAAUAGUCCUCGCUUCACUGAUGCCGAUGCCGCAGCUAUGGCUGAGAAGUUGAAAGAUGUACGAUUUUACAGAGAUAUCACCUUUGGACAGGUAUGGACGAACAAGGAAGUUGCUUCAAUGACAGCAUUGGAAGAGACCAUCUUUCAAACAUGGCACCAUGGGCGUAUGGCUCUCAUGGGAGCAAACUGUGCUAUAGAAGAUGCCGCUACUCUGGCCACCCUUUUGAACAACCUCGUGGAUGUGGCCAACGCAAAACUACCUUCAAACGCAGAAAUUGAGACCCUGCUUCAACGCUACAGGAAAAUACGAUACAGCCGUGUCAAGUCUAUUUAUAAAACCUCCAGAUUCCUUGUUCGGCUUCAAGCUCGUGACGGGUUCCUCAAGGCCAUGUUUGGACGCUACUUUGUGCCGUACGCGGGAGAUCUGCCGGCUGAGCUAGGGUCCAAGGCGAUUGCUGAUGGUGAAGUUGUUGGAUUUUUACCUCUUCCAUCACGAUCCGGACCGGGUUGGGUCGACUACAGCAGUAAGGGCAGGGGUUGGGCACAAACACUUCAAUUCGCGCUCGCCAUCAUUCUACUGGCAUUGGUUUUGCAGUGGACUGGAAAUAUGACGCCCUCUCUCUUCUUGUGGUCGGACUGA